CCGCCAGAAAGAGACGUCCGAUGCCUCUCGUUCUGCACUGAGAUUACCGUUUCACCGGACCCGCUUCAGAAAUUCAGUCCGGCUUCAGAAUCGAAAGAGAGAGCACGUGUCGCGGUGGCUCACGAAAAUUUAUACAAAGCGCGCGUUCGACAAACGAAAGUGACGUAUCAAGUUUUUUUUCCGUCAAGUUUAGUGCAAAGGGUUCGAUUUUGAACGGCUCAGUUUUGUUAGUGCGGUUCCCAGUUGAACUGGUCGUUUGCCAAAUUAUUAAGAUUAAAAUAAACGUUUGAAUAUUUUCGUAGCGGACACUAAAGUAUGCCGCUAGCCGACUUCAACAUAGUUUGCUGUGAUUAAUUGGAUUUUGUAUAGGGAUUUCACGAGAUAAAAGAUUUACUUGAAAACAGUGGUAUUUUAAAAUUUAAAAGAAUAACAAGAUAAGUGUUUAUCGCAAAAACAUUGUUUUUGAUGUUUAAUAAGUGAAAUAAAAGAGGAUAAAGUGAAGUGAGUGAAGCACUUACGGAGUUCGAAGCAAAAGUGUCGAAUGUGACAAUUACGGAAGUGAGUGAACACUUUGAACUUUCGAACAGUUUGAAUGUGACAGUUCGGUGCGGGCCUCAGCGUGGUGAUACCGUGGUCGGGUUUGGUGUCAUUGAUGGUGAUUUCAGCGCUGCCACGGAUGUGGAGGAGAGGCCAGGACGGCCAACAGGUCAAUGAUAACGCCGGUAAUCUUCGUGCUCUUCUUGGCACUGGAAUGUUCGACCGUCACCAUUCAUCCGGAACCAGCUGAUGCUGACGAGCACGCUGCAACUAAAAUCAUAAAUGCUGACGCACCAGCGAGAAUGGAAGGAAGAACCAAUUUAAAAAUCGAACAGAAAAAAUAUCAAGACGAAAUUUACAAUCCAGAAAACGAUAUUGCAGUCAAACAUUCAAAUUCACAUAGUAAUAGUUUAAAAAGAUCAAAAAAUAAAUAUAUGAGGCAUUUUAAUAUGAAAAACGAGGUGAAAGAUAAAAGAAGAAAUAAAAGAUACGCUGACGAUGAGAACUGCGAAGCUUUUCUUUACGAUGAGAAUGAUAGCAGUCGUAUAAUAAAGCAUCCUCACGCUAGUAACAGCACUACAUACUACAAUAAUUCAAAUUGUGUGACCAUUGUUAGUACCACAGAAGGAAAGAUUAUUAUCUUGACAUUUAUAGAUGUUUUUCACAUAGAAUCACAUCCAGACUGCGCGUACGACUAUUUAGAGAUUCGGGACGGUAAGCACGGAUAUUCCGAUAUUCUGGCCAAGGUGUGCGGCGAAGCCUUCCCUGAACAAAUAAAAACGACUGGCCCAAACGCUUGGUUGAAGUUCCGCUCUGACGACACCAUUGAGUACGAGGGGUUCACCAUAAGCAUUGAUUUUGUGGCUGCUCCAAGUCAUAGCACGCCGGGCGCAUGCUACAAGACAUUGAGGGGGAAAUACGGUGUUAUUGACUUCAAUGACACGAAAGGUCCCUGUCUCGACGGCACCACCAACCAAUACAUAGAUUUUUUGUGGACCAUUGAAACACCACCGAAGACAAAGAUUUACUUAAACUUCACAACUUACACUCUAGCGAGACCAAACGAAUGCGAAUACAAUGUGAUACAAGUUUUCGGGACAGUCGUUGAAAUGGAUAAGAAACUGGCCGCUUACUGUGGCUCCAUGGCGUAUUCGGUGACCACAAAAGAUGAGAACGGCGAUCCCGGGAACGUCAUGAAAAUAAGACUUCACCUGUCCAAAGACGGGUACAAUGCAACACAUUUCAAUGCGACAUACGUGGCGUUCAAAACACUGGAUCCCAACAAAGAUGACAAAUGCGAUGACGACCAAUUCGACUGCACGGACAACACCUGCAUAUCUCAGGAUCUGAAAUGCGACGAUGUAGCACAUUGCCGACUUAAAACCGACGAAGACAAAGACACAACGUGUAUUCUAACUGCCCAAUCUGUAUUGAACACGCCACAUAUCAUGGUCAUUCUGAUAAUAUUCUCGCUGAUCUUGUCCGGGAUGAGCUUCGUUUUCCUUUUCAAAUGCAUCAGGAAGUUGUACCUCGAACACAAGAUCAUUAAGGAACAUUUGAGGCAGUCCUGCGAAGACAGACUCGACACGUUGGUGAGCAGUCGGCUGACCUUAGACGCGAAGCGACUUCAUCAGGACAGUCUCCCGAGAGCCAGCCUCGAGAGGGAGAACCACACCAAUGAGAUGUACAAACAGCAGAGGAGUCAUUCAAAACAUAAGCAAUCCAGUAUAGAUUCCGACUACAUACAAGAAACUCAACUGGACAUAGAAGAGGAACCCUGGAGAAGAGAAGUAGAUAGUGUCCCCGUUGAAAUGGAAAACGUAAGGCUAGAACGAAACGGAAGAACCAGAAGUAGUGAUUUAAGCAGAAAAGAAGAGUAUAUUAGGAGUAAGAGAAAAGAAAGCGAAGAUGUUAAGGAAAAGAGGGAGAUAAGAGACGUGUCUGUUGGUGCGCCGGACACGAAGGAGUCCGGUUGUCAGACCAGAGAAAGUCUUUUCCAGUCUGAAGCACCUCCUAGUUCUGACGGCUCGGGCACAAACAGCAGGGGUUUCUCGACCUUCGGCUACUCAGGCGGCACGGUGGUCAGGCCUUCGCCCCCAACGAAGACUUCUGAAAUAACAAUAGAACUAACGAAACAGACUCCUAGACAGGAGUCCAUCAAGCCGCAAAAGAAAUUACCAGAUCGCCGGCCAAUCAGCGCGGAGACCACGCGGUCCGCACCUGACGUCAUCAUAGUCUCCAAGCCGGUUCGCUGAGAACGGCCCCCGCGCCGCGCGACCCCCCCGCGCCGCGCCCCCCUCGCCCCCACCAGGACCGUCUCGUUCGAGGACCACAGCGGCUACUACAGCCAAUACUUCGACGAGGAACCGAAAUUGUUUUGCGAUUACUGCUUAAAACCUGAUUACUGUAAGUCGAACACAUUACCAAGGAGCACGGGACCGUACGUGGACUACAAAAGGGUUUAUCCUCGGAAAAGUGUGUGUUUUUAUGACGAUAGACAUGCCGAUACGUAUCUAGUGCACGCGGACGUCGAACCUCACAGAUAACGAAUGUUUUAGCGUUGUCAAUUAUAAGGUUACAUGUAUUACUAAACUUGGCUGUAUAGUAAAGAGAAUUAGGCUUGAUCUAUGUGACGUGACGAUCUAAAUUUGAAAUGUAAAUGAACUAUAUAGUAAAUGAACUAUAUAUGAGUCGUCUAUUAUCAAUGGUGGCAAUCUGUGCAUUUGGACAAAAAAAAAUUAUUGAUAUGUCAAUACAGAUUUAUUUGAAUAUAAUCGUCUCCUUCAAAGAAUACGGUUCAAAACCUGCAUUAAAUAAAGGUUAAUAGUUAACCUGUUAUUUAUCUAAGAUGUCGUUCCGAAGAGUUUUGUGACUGCCAAUGGAAUAAUACAAAGUCAAUAAUUCGUUUUUCUGAUUUACCAAUCAUUGUCCAAAAGUCAGAUUGCCGGCUUUGAUAAUAGUCGACUCAUAUAUAGUUCAUCCAUCAUUUGUAUAAUCACGUAACUUUGAGCCUUACUGUUUCUGAUACAAUGCAGUUGAAGCCUUUAUUUCAUAUAUCAAGGUGAACUACGGUAUGGGAUACGAAUGGGCUCAGAACUCGCAUGCGUAUCCUCAACAAUAAAUACUAUAAUUUUUUUCUUACUUUAUUGUUGUAAUUCCUGCCCAUUUCUGCCGUGAAGCAGUAAUGCGUUUCGGUUUGAAGGGUGGGGCAGCCGUUGUAACUGUAACUAUACUGAGAUCUUAGAACUUAUAUCUCAAGGUGGGUGGCGCAUUUACGUUGUAGAUGUCCAUGGGCUCCAGUAACCACUUAACACCAGAUGGGCUGUGAGCUCGUCCACCAAUCUAAGCAAAAAAAAAAAAAAAAUGGUAUAGUCUUGAUAUCAAAUUUUUAUGAAAAUUUAAUGAAUAUUUUUAUUUGGAUUUCGCGAACUGUAGACAUAAUUAAAAUAACUUUUACGUCGUUACGUCUGUGACCACGAAAACUGUAAAGUAUUUUGCAAAAUCCGAUAUAGUGUAAUGACGAUAAAAAAUGCGAGAUAAAACCGUAAAAAGUAAUUUGAAUCAUGUAAAGAUUCGUCAGUAAUAUAGAGCAGCGUGAAAUAUCAGUUGAGUUUAAUUGCAAUCCCACUGCAUUCAUUAAUAAAUUGCUGCUUGUCCUAAUAACCUCUAGGGGCGAUACUGGAAUCAUCUAACGUGAUUUUCUGUGUGCCUAGUGCGAGUUUUCUAACGUUCUCGAUAGCGUAAAAGUUAACUCAAAGUAUGCAAUUGGAACAGCGCCCCUAGCGGCAAACAUAGGAAAACAUUCCAAUUCCAUACAUAUUUGCGUUAACUUUUACGCUAUCGAGAACGUUAAAACACUCGCACUAAGCAUACUGCUUAAAACUUUCUGUAUUAUGAUUAACUUGCGUGUUUAUUGACUUAUUGCAUUAUCUAACAGUGAAUCAAAGGUGAUUCAUAAAAAUCACGGUAGAUGCAUUUCGUAAAUAAAAUAAACAAACAUUUUUUUUUUUAUUGCUUAGAUGGGUGGACGAGCUCACAGCCCACCUGGUGUUAAGUGGCUACUGGAGCCCAUAGACAUCUACAACGUCCAAACGCUUAUUCCAAUAUUUAAAUACGUACAUGUAUAUAUCGACGCUUGAAAGGCAAACGUGACUAAGCGACAAUGCGUGAACUUUACAGUAGACUGAUUUAAAGUUGAAAUACCUGAAAAAAAAUCUAUUUUAACGAAUCUAGCUGUAGGUUUGAAAUGAUUUUAAUAGACCUAGAAAUAUAUAUUUUUUUUGCGCAUCGAAUAUGGUUAUUGCCUAUCAUUUAUGUAUAAAGCAGUUAUUGUCGCUUAGUCACGUUUGCCUUUCAAGCAUCGAUAUAUUUUUUACAAUAAUAUAACGUAAACUUAAAAAAAAAUCAACUAAAAACACUGCGAACGAAUCGCAUCGUAUCCAGAGCCUCCUUUUCUAAAGUCGGUCACGGAAACAUGAAUGGGUCCCGCCUAAUUCUCUUGCUUUUAAUCAUUAAUUUUCUUGUUUAAUUAAAUUAAGCUUUUGAUUUCGCGAGCAUUUCUUAAAUUGGCUCGUAUUUCGGUACACAAGACAAAGUGAAUGCCACGAAAAUUUCCCAGCCGAUACUUAGACGAAAACUGUUUUAAUUGUUUAAAUAUUCGGUUGAUCAUUACGAAACUCAUUGGUUCGUUUCUCUGUCUAACUAAUCAAAUUAAGGUACUGAUUUAGAAUUACAAUACCUUUUGUUGUUUUGCGCGUCCUGACUCGUGAAUGGAUCGAUAUGACGGAAUUAUCUCAAACAAUGCUUCGAUAAUUUGGUAGGUAAGCGGCUUGGCUCUGCCCCUGGCAUUGCUGAAGUCCAUGGGCGACGGUAGCCACUUACCAUCAGCUGGGCCGUAUGCUCGUCUGACUAAAAGGGCAAUAAAAAUAAUUAAAAAAUAAUUUGUCUAUAUCAGCAUUAUCAGCACAUAGAGAAACUACUUUUUUGAUCUUUACUUAGCUUCUACUCAUUUGAAAAGCUUUGGCAUGAGCGAUCGCCUGCCCAUCAAAUUAUAGAGAUAUCUCUACAUUUUUCAAUAGGAAUGCAGAUCCUGCAGGACCACGAUCGCUCGUUGGCUCUAUGUCUAGUAUGAAAGUAAUCUGCAUUGGUAAUAUCUAUUUGGUUCUGUUGAAUAAAUUUGACUCUUAGCAUUAGACUUGUAACUUGAGAUCUUAGAACUUAUAUCUCAAGAUGGGUGGCGCAUAUACGUUCUGAAUGUCUAUGGGCUCCAGUAACCACUUAACACCAAAGUGGGUUGUGAGCUCGUCAACCCAUCUAAACAAUAAAAAAAUAGACUGGACAACAAGCUCAAUGCCCAUCUGAUAUUAAGUGGUUACCGACGAAGUCGAAGCAAUCCAAUGCAGUAUUAUAUAUACCGAUGCGUAUGCCUGUGAAAUUCAAAUAUACGCAUAUAUUUAUAUGCGCAUUAAAUAGACCCAUCGCUUGAUACUAGGACGCAGAGUCUUACCAAUUGGUAAGGCCUCAUGGACUAUUUAGACCUAAAUGUCUCCAAGCUAUGUAAUUAAUUAAUAUUUGCAGCACUAGAACUUCUGAAAAGGCUUUACUAUCUUCAUUUCUCAAUGCGUGCUGGAUAAAUCCCCUUCAGUCUUCAUCGAUGUACGGAGAUCUGAAUAAUAUUAACCGGAAGAAAAUUCGAUACGAGAUUGUAUAAUUAAGCCGAAUUAUUUAUAUUUUUUUAAGGUUUUGCAUUUCUUUAGGGAUGUCAAUUCAAUUUAUUAUUCAUCUUUUUUUUUUGUUGUCCUAAAUCUAAAAUAGCGUGGCUUAUAUCUAGAUGUGACUAAGCUAACCUUGACAUUUUUUUGUUGAAUUGACAAAUAACUAAGAAGGUUACAAACUGGGUUUGACGUCACGCUUAUGGUGCGUGCGAGAGGGACAGCUAGAUGUUCCAAACACGCACUCUCUCUUUCUAAUUCAAAUGACGUGUAUUUUAAUGGCUACCAUUCAUGACUACCUCAUCUCACCGAUAAGGCCGACAGGUGGUAAGUGGUAGGAAUUCUUAUGAGUCCGGUCUAGGUACCACCACCCUGCCUAUUUCUGCCGUGAAGCAGUAAAGUGUUUCGAUUUGAAGGGUGGGACAGCCGUUGUAACUAUGCUUGAGAUCUUAGAACUUAUAUCUCAAGGUAGCUGGCGAAUUUACGUUGUAGAUGUCUAUGGGCUCCAGUAACCACUUAAUGCCAGGUGAGCUGUGAGCUCGUCCACCCAUCUAAGCCUUAAAUAAAAAAUAAAUCAUGCAUAUUUCCAACGCCAGGAGACUCUUUCAAAGCUCGACUUAAUCAGCAUACGUCAUUGUGCCCCGGAAACAGCUAGUAAUUACGCCAUGCCAAUAUUUUCACUGUUGUAGAUUGUCAAGCAAGCUUACGACCCUACUGGUGUUAGGAGUCAUUUCGCGUCUCUGAGAUAUGAGGUGACUUAUGUUGCAAAAUAAAAGAACAUGCGAAAUAAAAUACUAACUUCAUCUCUACUGUUGUUUGUUGUCGUCACAACUAAAAACUUAGACCAAUUGAAAAGAUAAAUUAUCAUAGUUUUAAGGAAUAAUGCGACAGUAUAAUGUGUAAUGGUCCCUAAGUGCAGUGUUGGAAGUCUUAAAAUAUGUUUUGUGAGUGAUAAACGCUUUUAAGUCUGGUGUUUUAACUUGCUUCAAAUUUCCUAACCACUAAUUAAUUUUUCUUGUGACUUGUAGUCCGUAGUAUGUUGUUACAUAGAGCCUUUACGAGAUGUCUCUGCUUAAUUAUUAAUCCCUCAAAUUAUAAUCUAGCAUUUAAAUCAGAUUUCCCGAGUCGCGAAAAUAAUUAAAACAAUUUUUACGGUUUAGGCGUUUCAGUCCUCGGUGACCAUGAAAACUGUAAAGUAUUGAAACAUCGUAAUGACAAUAAAAAACACGAGAUCAAACCGUAAAAGUUGUUUUAAAAAAAUAUUUUUCAUUAUUUCUACCAAAUGAUUUUUUUUUUAUCGCCUUUGUACGCAGACGAGCAUACGGCCCACCUGAUGGUAGGUGGUCACCGUCGCUCAUGGACGUCAGCAAUGCCAGGGGCGGAGCCAAGCCGCUGCCUACCAAAUUGAAUGAAUUGAAAAUGAAAUUAAUUUUGAAGUUGUUAUAUUUAGUACUGGGUUAGUGGUGUUUCUUCAAAUGUACUUAUGGUUUUUUCUUGUUAUAAAAAAAACAGUAUUUUAUUAUACACGUAAAGACAUAGAAUCAAAGACUAGUUUUUUCAAAUUUUAAUACAUUGUAAUGUUAUGUAGCGAUUGUUAGCAUAAUGAUUGUUUUGAUUCAAAAUGAUUGAACACAAGAAAUAUAGAACAGAGACUCAAAACAAAAAUUCCAUAGAAAAGCGAAUUUAACAAAAAAUACUCCUUAACUCAUUAAACCAAUGACUCUCAUCAUUCUCCUGCCCUUCUCCCAGUCACCUGAGGUCGGCGCAACAUGUUUUCUCCUUCCAUACUCCUCUAUUAUAUACCAUUUCUUCGCUCAAUCCUCUCUUACACAUAUCGUCUUUCACGCAAUCCAUCCAUUUCUUCUUAGGUCUACCUCUUCCUCUAUACCCUUCCACAUUCAUAGUUAACAUUCUCUUACCAACCUCAUUGUCAUUUCGUCUCAUUACAUGUCCAUACCACCCCAAACGCGCCCUUCUCAGCUUCUCUGCCACAGGUGAUAUCACAGACUUCCUCUAGCGUAUUCAUUCCGUAUUCUAUCCAUUCUCGUUACAUCCACACAUCCAUCGCAACAUUCGCAUCUCUGCUGCAUGCAGUCGCAAUCAUUAAACCAAUGAUCCUAGUGUCAAUAUUUUAUCAAAACUAUCUACUUUCAAAAAAGAUAAUUCUUUAAACAAAAAUAACACAUCCUGUAAUUGAACGCUUCAAAUAAACUUGUAGCUAUUAAUUAUUCACGGAAACAUAGAUGAAUAAAAUGCUUUAAAAAAAAAUGUUAAUGCUACUAAUUAUUUCAUGGUGUUUGUUUUUUUUUUUGGAACGAAGUUCCUUAUCGCGCGUUGUGAAAGGGGGCUAGACGGAAAAAAUUCUUACGAAAAGUUGUCACGACACUUUUUAGAUCCGUCAUUCUGACCAAUCAACGUGUAGGCGCUUAUCGCGUGACAUUGCUCGUAUCCGAUUGGUCCGCGUAAUGAGUACAGUUUCUCGAGAUAGCGUUUCAACAAUAGUAAUUUAGUUCAUAGUAUUGUUUUUUUUUUUCUUCAUAAUGCCGUAAUUUAUUAUUAUAACUUAAAAAAAAAUUACAAUUCCUUCACUAAUUAAUCGAAAGGAACUUCGUUCCAUCCGGGUGUCCCUUGACACCUCUAAAGUUUUUUUUUUAUUUAUUUAUUUAUGUACACACAGAAAAGAGGACAUAAUACAGAGUAACAGGAAAAUUAUGUACAAAGGCACUGCUUAUUUCUUUAAUAAAUCUCUUCCAGCAGACCUGCGAGAGGAUAAUGAGAAUAAUAAUAAUAGUUUGGCUAGCAAAAAAAUAACAAAAUGUCAUUUUCAGCUUCGAUACUACGCGAAGGGACCACCGGUGUUGAAAUUUUGUAAUUAUGUAAAUUUUAUUAGGUAAUUAAGAUAGAAUAAUUGUAUUUUUAAAUUUUAAGUAUUUUUAAUAAACUUAUGACAAUAUGAAA